GCUCUAUAAAAGCGAGCAGUGGAGCGCAGAGCUCGGCAGUGAUUACUUCACACACACACACACAAAGGAGGAGUUCUCGCUCCUCAGGAAACCCUGCAAGCUCGGAUCGCUACUACAAAAACAUUUGUCUCAGUGGAUUAUCCUCACUGUCAGCAGGAGCCCAGCCAGAAUGAAACUAGUUCACGUAGCCCUGCUCUAUCUCGGCUCUGUGGCCUUCUUCGGGGUGGAUGCUGCAAGAGUGGACGUAGCGACAGAGUUCAAAAGAAAAUGGACGAAAUGGGCACUAAGCCGAGCCAAGCGGGACGUGAAGCCUGCGGGCUUGCUCCGAGGGCUGGGGGCAGCCGCCGACGUGCUGCCUCUCAUACGCACCCAGGACGUGAAGGAGGAUUCCCGAGUCUCGCCUCCCAGCAACCGGGAGGAUGCUCACAUCCGCGUCAAGCGCUACCGCCAGAGCAUUAACAGAUUCCCCCACUUCCAAACAAAGGCGUGCCGCUUCGGGACGUGCACGGUGCAUUGGCUGGUCGACGAGCUCCACAGGGCGGCCGUCAACGAUAGGAACGAUGCCGCCCCCCCAAACAAGAUCAGCCCCCAGGGCUACGGCCGCCGGCGGCGUUCCCUGCCCGAGCGCCGCAGCCCGGUGCGCUCCCCCAGCUCCGGGCGGCGCCCACGGGCGCGCCGGGCGCAGCCCCUGGCCGCCUUCCUCGGAGUCUGAAGCGCCGCAAGACCCGGCCGAGGCCGCCUCGACGGAUGGACUGAGGCACGGGCUGAGAUCCGCCAGGAUUCGCGGAGAGCGCCUGCCCGGGCGGGACCCCGGCGCGCCCUCCGGGGGAGCUGAGAAGGACAGCGGACGCUGCGCCCCCCGCCCGCCACGGACUCUGGCCCUCCCCGGGCCGGGCACCGCCGGCUCCCGCAGCCGCCGCCGCCCGCGACGCGAAGGCGCCGCCGCUGCUCCCGGGGGGCCGGGCGGCCCUGGCCGCCCUCCCGCGCCCCGCAGCCCCGAGGAGGGGAUGCUCAGGGGGGGACCCGCCGGUGGGCGACGGGCCCCGGCCUCGCCCUCUGCCCCCGAGGGUUGGAGGGUGCGCGUCAGCCGUGGGCAAGGACAGGCCGCCCACUUCUGCUCUACCCUCUGCGUUAUGUGCACCCGGCAGGGAAUCGGACACUCUUCAGUCCCUGCGGGGACUGCGAUAUACUUGAACGUCACAGAGAGGAAAAGUGCAAUUGUACGUGGUUUUUGUUAAUUAUAAGUGCGGUGUGUGUGGAUCACGAGAUAUGCAUUGGUAUUUAAGAUUGUUCUGUGCCAUGUCUUUUUUUUUUUUUUUUCUUUGAAAAAAUAUAUUUUAUUUUUAUACGGUUUAUAUAUAUAUAUAUAUAUAUGUAUAUAUAUAUAUAUAUUGCAUAAGGGCAUUUUAAAACAUUGUAUCCCCUCUAUUUUUCAUAUCGUGAAUGUCAAAUGUUAAACUCUUUUUCCAUACCUUUUUUUAUCUUGCAUUCCAGACUGGUGAAAGAUAUAGAGAAUGUAUCAGCUGUUCUCCAUGGGUAAUAUGUGAAAUAAAAUAAACACAAUUAUAUAAAA